ACGUCGCGUCGAACGCUCCGCGUCCCUCAAACCGUGCAACCAUCAGCUGUCAAGCUGUCGUUCCAAAUUUGAAUUUAUUUUAUAAUUUCGCACCUUUAUUGCCAGUUACAAAUUGCGAUGUGUUAGUGCUUAUCUGUGGACAAUACGAUGAUUACUGACAUGUACGCGCCGCUGCCGGCGCCGCCGAAUAAGAGUAUUGAGCAUCCGAGCUUACGCGGCACGCCUUUGGCGAUGCUAGCAGCCCAGUGUAACAAGUUGUCAAGCAAAUCUCCUCCCCCGCUUGCCGACGCUGCAGUGGGCAAGGGAUUUCAUCCGUGGAAGAAAAGUCCGGGGACGCAUUCCCCGCCAGGUACUGGAGUAGCCCCUCGCACACAGCCGCCGUCUUGUACGCCGUACGGACGGGCACCGACAUCAUGUGCAGCAGCACCCACCUAUGGAAAUGACCUAUAUUUCCCAUCAUCAGGAGACCAACUUCUUGGAAAAAGUGAAUCGAGCGCAAGUCUUGGAUCAAUGUAUUCUAGACAUCCUUACGAAUCCUGGCCUUUUAAUGUUGGAGGUGGAGGAGGUAGUGGAGCACUCAAAGCGGCAGAAAUGGGUGGCGUAGGGGCAGUCGGAAGCACUUGGUGGGAUGUUCAUAGUGGUUGGCUAGACGUUGGAGGUCAAAUGGCAAAUUAUGCAGGCCAAGACUACUCACAACUCACUCAUUCUCUUUCGGGUGGCGCUCAUUUACUCCCACCGGCACCUCACCUAUUGCAAGACGCUUACAAAUCUGUGUUACCCACCCAAGGAUCUUUUGGACUACAUGCGCCCGGCUCCCCUGCACCCCCUGCACAAGCUCCAUCACCACGGUCGCAACGAAGAUACGCCGGUAGAGCUACAUGUGACUGUCCUAACUGUCAAGAAGCCGAACGUCUCGGACCCGCCGGAGCUCAUUUACGUAAAAAAAAUAUUCACAGUUGUCACAUUCCAGGAUGUGGAAAAGUAUACGGAAAGACUUCUCAUUUAAAAGCUCAUUUACGCUGGCAUACCGGAGAGCGGCCGUUCGUAUGUAAUUGGCUAUUUUGUGGCAAACGAUUUACACGAUCCGAUGAAUUACAACGACACCUUCGCACGCAUACUGGAGAAAAGAGAUUCGCGUGCCCCGUGUGUAAUAAGCGAUUUAUGAGGUCCGAUCAUCUCGCAAAGCAUGUGAAAACACACAACGGAGGCAAAAAGGGAAGUUCGGAAUCCUGUUCAGAUUCGGAGGAAAACAGUCAAGGAGAGAGUGGGGUGGGAGGGAGGUCACCAGAGCAUCAUUUGGACGUGAAGCCCGGGACGUUAGUGUGACGGGGGUGCGCGGCGCCGCCCGUGCCGCAUCAUGCCUCGUCGCUUCUGUGAUACCGCUGGCUGACCACGCCAUCUGUACAUAGCACAUAUCAACAUGUAUAGUAACGUCAAAGUGUAAAAAGGACUGAAAAGUGCGUCUCGUGAGGCCUAGUGUAUCCUGUGAGACUAAAGUGUACAGUUUAGUAUAUACUUAUAUGGAAUGUCUUAUUUCUAUGAUAGAUAUCAUAAAUAGUUUAAGUAGUUAAACAUUUGUCCAAAUUGCAGUUGGUAACUUAUUGUAAUAAAUAAUUAUUAAUACCUCAGCAGGUCCCAACAAAAUCAGAGUUUAUUUAUAAAAUUUAUAGUGUAGAUUACCUAUUGUACCUUACGAAUAAUGUAAUUAUAAAAGGUCCGAUAAAUAGAUGGUUGAAAUUUUGCAAUAAUCAUUCAAAAGUAUGGCAUAUUUCUAAAGGAUGUACUGAGAUGAUGGACCAUUGUCCUACAACUAGGCCAUUGCUAGAGAAAAUUUAUUUGUUUAUCUAGGUAUCAUAUUUAUGUGAGAGCUUUCUAAAAUUUGGACCAUCUAUUUAUUUCAAGCCAAAACUUUUUCUUCGUGGUUCGUUCAUAACCAUUUAUGCAUUUUGUUUGUUAUGUCGUCUUUUUAGAUUGCAGUAGAAUAAUUGUUGAUCUAACAGCAUCACUUGUCAGUUAAUAGAGAAGUUAUAGUAAUUCACUUUUAGUAAAAUAACAAAAGUUAAUAUUUUCUUCUCUGAAAAUACUGCAGAUAUGUAGAUUUGUGAACUUACUUAUGUUUUAUAAAUGCACAAAAUAGAAUUUAAUAAUAUUUUGAAAUAAAUGUGUAAAAAUUAUAAAUUAUGCUGUUAUGUAUGUACAAAGGAUGCAAGUUAAAUUGCCUGAAAUUGAUUUUAUAAAAUUGAAAUAUAUUUUCCGAGUGGA